GCAGAUCAAGACUUCAGGAAGGAAGAUCUCUCUCGUUGAACCCAGACCUCCUGGAAGAUCUCAGCCAUGAGGCGGUCACUGGUGUCGCUCAUCUUCACCGCAGCUCUCCUGCUGGAGUACAAUGCUCUGUCCGUGGCGUUGCCCGUGGGCCAGAUUGAAGACGGAUCCAUGGAGCAGGACGCCUUCACCUCGCUGCUGAGCGACGAGGCCGCGGAGAACAGCCUGGCCGACGCGGACCUGACCUCUGUGAGCAAGGGCCGAGCUUCCAGGGAGAUCGUGGUGGCCGUGGACCCCAGCCUUUGGAGGGACCUGAGGGUCCUGCAGAACGGACUGUCCGUCUACAAGCGAAGAGCCGAGGACCACCGAGACGCCGGGCAGCAGCCGAACAUCCCCAUCCUGAGGAGGGACACCAUGAGGUGCAUGGUGGGGCGCGUCUACCGGCCCUGCUGGGAGGUCUAGGACAGUUCUCCUCYAGACCAAGAAAGAAAUCAUUUUCUGCCUCACAUUCAAAUCCAAAUGUUUGUGUAUUUAAACUACAGCAAAUAUGUGAAUAAAUAUUCUUAAAUUCUGA